AUGGUGCCCCCCUCAUCCGACAAAGAGCUGCGUGCUCUGCGCCGCAGGUGCGCUAGCGCCCUUCUGGCCAGACUCCCGCCCUGGUUGGCCAACCUGUACCUAGGCGGGCGAGGCCUUGGCCUCCGGUGGCGGUCCGAUCCGGCCUCGAAGUCUGCUGCUGCUGCUUUGAGCGAGAGCGAGGCCGACGGCCCUAGCAAGGUUGGCAGUAGCGGCGAAGAGGCCGACGUUAUUGCCAAUAGCGAAGACGGUAACAUCAGUGACAGAGACGGCGAGGAUGGUAGCCAACAGCAGAUGCUCUCCGAAAUCGAGGAUGGAAUUCUUGACGUCUUCUCGGACGAGUACUGCAAUAAGCACCUGGUAUACAGCAUCUUGGAGCUGAUUCUGGUGAGGUUGAUGCCUGAGCUGGCGGAAAAGGGUGUUGUCGAGCUCUGGGAGGAGCGUCUGAGCUUAUGA